AUUAUCUCAAACAUAAUUCAUGUAACAAUUGCGACAAUCAGGAUAAAUGUGAUUUGUGUAAUGAUCAUGACAAUCGUAAUGAACAUAACGAUCGUGAUGAAUAUGAUUUAUUUAAUGAUUAUAAUGAUCGUAAUGAAUAUGAUGAUUAUGACAAAUGGUUAAGGCAUGAAGACAGGUCACCCAAAUCUCACCGCAAUAAGGAUGAAGAUAGUUGGUGGGCAUAUGCAAGAAGAGUAGAAAAAAAAG